ACAAUUUUUACUGAAAAGAUGUUUUUUUCUUGCUCUGGUUUUCCCAUCUGAUGAUUGCUUGUGUUGCAAUCAAAGUCGUGAUUUUAUUUUUAACUACGUAACUUUUACCGAAAGAACUAAACAGUACAAAAAGAACAGUGAGAUCGAGGGUUAUAAUUUUUGUUCUCGCCCAGUGUGGUAUGCGAGUUGGGACUGCAGUGUUGGUAGGGAAUCCUCUGGAGGGGUAGUAGGUAGAGGGAAGGACUGUUUACAAUUACUUUGUGUGCACUCAUUCUUUGUUGGUUGGGGGUGGGAGGUGUCUUGACUUGGUGAGUAGUUGACACGGGGGCGCUGAUAAUACGCAACAGAUGUGGGAUCCCCACGCUUUGGUGUCCAGCUUCUGAACAGAAUUUAGACUAAAGUUCCCAGUGUAGAAUUCACGGACUCCAGCUCUAGUACAGAGAUCAGACUCCAGCUCCAGCACAGAGAUCACAGCUCCAGUACAGAGAUCACGGAUUCAAGUGGUACAGAGAUCAUGGAUUCCAGUACAGAGAUCACGGAUUCCAACUCCAGUACAGAGAUCACGGAUUCCAGCUCGAGUACAGAGAUCCUACUCCAGCACCAGUACAGAGAUCACGGAUUCCAGCUCCUGUACAGAGAUCACGGAUUCCAGCUCCAGUACAGAGAUCACGGAUUCCAGCUCCAGUACAGCGAUCACGGAUUCCAGCUCCAGUACAGAGAUCACGGAUUCCAGCUCCAGUACAGAGAUCACGGAUUCCAGCUCCAGUACAGAGAUCACGGAUUCCAGCUCCAGUACAGAGAUCACGGAUUCCAGCUCCAGUACAGAGAUCACGGAUUCCAGCUCCAGUACAGAGAUCACGGAUUCCAGCUCCAGUACAGAGAUCACGGAUUCCAGCUCCAGUACAGAGAUCACGGAUUCCAGCUCCAGUACAGAGAUCACGGAUUCCAGCUCCAGUACAGAGAUCACGGAUUCCAGCUCCAGUACAGAGAUCACGGAUUCCAGCUCCAGUACAGAGAUCACGGAUUCCAGCUCCAGUACAGAGAUCACGGAUUCCAGCUCCAGUACAGAGAUCACGGAUUCCAGCUCCAGUACAGAGAUCACGGAUUCCAGCUCCAGUACAGAGAUCACGGAUUCCAGCUCCAGUACAGAGAUCAGACUCCAGCUCCAGUACAGAGAUCAGACUCCAGCUCCAGUACAGAGAUCACAGAUUCAAGCUCCAGUACAGAGGUCACGGAUUCAAGCCUCUGUACAGAGAUCAGACUCCAGCUCUAGUACAGAGAUCACAGCUCCAGUACAGAAAUCACGGAUUCAAGCUCC